UAUGUUUCUGUCUCCAGCAAAGCCAUCGUGGACGGCAACCUGAAGCUGAUCCUGGGGCUGAUCUGGACCCUCAUCCUGCACUACUCCAUCUCCAUGCCCAUGUGGGAGGACGAGGACGAGGAGGACGCCAAGAAGCAGACGCCCAAGCAGCGUCUCCUGGGCUGGAUCCAGAACAAGGUGCCGCAGCUGCCCAUCACCAACUUCAACCGCGACUGGCAGGACGGCAAGGCCUUGGGAGCCCUGGUGGACAACUGCGCCCCCGGCCUGUGUCCAGACUGGGAGACGUGGGACCCCAGGCAGCCGGUGGAGAAUGCCCGCGAAGCCAUGCAGCAAGCCGACGACUGGCUGGGGGUCCCUCAGGUGAUUGCCCCCGAGGAGAUUGUGGACCCCAACGUGGACGAGCACUCGGUCAUGACUUACCUGUCGCAGUUCCCCAAGGCUAAACUCAAACCCGGAGCCCCCUUGCACUCCAAGCAGGUCAACCCCAAGAAGGCCAAGGCCUAUGGGCCCGGUAAGCAGCGCUCUGGGGGGCAGAGAAA